UUCCCUGAUGCUCUUAAAGACAUGAAAGGACAUGAAUACUGCCCUAUCAAGAAUCGGUGUUCAUCUAAACCCUGUCCCCUUGCUAAACCGCUCUGCUAUCCUGACUUUGCUUGGAAUAGCCACACCUGUAGAGAUGGUGUCUGGGGUCAGUGGGGGCCUUGGUCAUUCUGCACUUGUCCUUUGCAUGCAUUACGUACUCGUGCUUGCCAAUCUACCUCAGGAGGCCAAGCACUGGACUGUGGGCCUGGACCGAGCAGGGAAACCAGUAACAGUGCGUGUCCAAAACCAGAGGACUCACAGCAACAUUCUAAAGCGCUUGGUAUGGAGGAUGGGAGCAUCCCAGAUAGUCACAUCACCGCCUCCACAUAUAACAGCGUUAAGUGUUUACCUCACUUCGGUAGACUUCACAGGAAGCCCAGUUUACAAGUCGACGUAUCUUGGUGUUCCAAGGUUCCUGGGAAAGUUGGCGAGUUUUUACAAGUAAACCUGGGUUCCACUAAGACAGUAACAAAAAUAGCAACACAAGGUCGAUAUACUCCAACACACCCGUCAUUAAUACAGUUCGUUAUACAGUACAGCAUUUCAUACAGCACUGAUGGCUCUACAUGGGAGAACUAUUGCAACCCAAUAAAGAUAUUCCAAGGCAACACCGAUGCAAAUUCUGUUGUAACCAACCAUUUGCCGCUACCGAUUACAGCACAGCACAUCAGAGUUAUUGUCAAGGACUUCUAUAGACAUCCUUCCUCCAUGAGAAUAGAGUUGUAUGGAUAUUAGACCCAUCAAACACACAUCAGAAUUGCUAAAGAACACUCCAUGAGAAUAGAGUUGUAUGGAUGCUAGACCCAUCAAACACACAUCAGAAUUGCUAAAGAACACUCGUCCAUGAGAAUAGAGCUGUUUGCUGUAUGGACGCUACACCCAUCAAGUACACGUCAGAGUUGCCAAUGAAAACUCGCCUACGAGAAUUGUUAGCAAACUGCACACAGUUUUUCGUUGUAUGUCCUUUUAUUGACACAUUAUUGACGUCAUAAAAUGUUCAAAACUCAAGGAGUACCCCGAGGGACAUAUAACGAAACACAGCGAGGGACAUAUAACGAAAUACCGUGUGUAAUAUUAUUACCACAUUUAAGUUAAAAAUUAGAAAAAAAUGAUUCGGAAAACGACCGGUGCAAUGAUAUAGAAACCUUCUUUCUUGUCUACAGACAAUAAUUUACAGCUAUCUAUUAUUGCCAUCUUACCGGCCAUCUCAUCUUGAUGCAAUGGUUACCUUUCAAGAUGGCGAAAGAACUGCGAAUGAAAAUUUUCCUAAAGAAACUUUCCUAUUAUAAUAACAAUGAUUGUUAUUUUAAUUUCAUACAGCCACAUGUACUAAAUAGAGAAUAAACGAACUUGGACCGUCAAACAACAUCAAAAGUAGUAUCUAUUAGUCUACGUCAAUGAACCAGGACAGGACAGAGUGUAUUACCUUUAGUUUUAUAUACUGUUGAUUCUUUGACUGUGUACUAUUAGUCAGUAAAUACAGACUAAUAAUCAUUUACUUUGAUGAUAUUUUACGGUACCACUGCGUUUAGAGCGACGUCAUAAAACCCGUGAAAUAGAUAUUACACUAAUACACCUUAGUACGCUCGAAUUACAUUGUUUUCUUUUGGGUCUAAUUUGACUCUCACACUCAAUAGUUAAAAUUAGUUUCACGGGUUUAAUGACCUCACUCUACUCUAAGCAUCUGAAUACUGCAAACUUACAAAGACAAAAUCCGGUUCACAAUGGCGAAUCUUGCGGACAUUUUGAUUCUAGAGAAUAUCGUAAAUGAAUUAACUUGUAAAAGUUAUGCAGCACACCUAGAUAAGCCAACUAAACGUCUCUUCACAAUGAUAAGACAAAAUAUACUAUUCCUUUGAAAAACGCCGUAAGUGUGAACAAGUCUUUAGGAUUCCACAACUGAUCCAGCACCCAGAAACGCACCAGUCACGCUAAGAACGUAAAUGAUUGCACUGUACAUGAGGAAAAACGUAACAUGCAGUAUAAGUAACAGAACUAUCCUAUACAUGUACAUGUACAAUCAACGCGAAGCACAACAACAGCAACAAUAAAAAUAUCGUUCAAAAUAAUAAAACUUCA